UAAGGAAGUCAGUUAAUACCUGGAAAUCAAGGAAGAUGCACGUUAAGGUCUUAAUCUUCUUGGGCUUGGCAGCUUUGGCAGCCGCUGGCAGCAGUGAAGAAUAUAUUUACCGCCGUCCACAGAGACACUCGGAAGAAUCAGACGAGUCUUACGAGUCUGGCGAGGCCCAGUACGCCUUCGACUGGGCCGUAAGGCACGAGUCAUCGGAGAACGACUUCGGCCACCAGGAAUCCCGCGACGGCGACGAGACUCAGGGCUCCUACUAUGUCCGCCUACCGGAUACCCGCCUGCAGAAGGUGACAUACCGCGUCGAGGGGGACUCCGGUUACGUCGCCGACGUUAGCUACGAGGGAGAGGCCCAGUUCCCCGAUUCCUACGAGUCUCGUGAGUCCGACGAGGCUUACAGGCGGUAUUACUCCAGCGGCUCCAACGAGUCGAAGUAGAUGAAAGAGCUGAGGACGCUGAGAGAUUCUAGGCUCCAAUGAGUCUAGUAGAUAAAAGAGCCAACAGUCUGAGGGUAAUAUAAGUGAGUCUAGGCUCCAAUGAGUCUAAGCAGAUUAAGAGCUAAGGUCUUAGAUGACCAUAAGUAAGUAUAGGCUGCAAUGAGUCUAGCAGAUGAAAGAUCUAGAGUCUGAGGUCACUAUGUGAGUCUAGGCUCCAAUGACUCUCAGUAGACUGAAGUGCUAAAGUCUGAGAAGAUAGAUAAAUGAGUCUAGGCUCCAAUGAGUCUAAAUUGAUUUGCAAGCGAGUCUAAAGAGCCUGUUUAGAAGCCGUUCCAAGGAUAUUUUUUGCUUAGGUGACCCUGGUUGAUUGAUUGAUUUACUAUAGUUGGCGUUGCAAAUCCUUGGGUCUGCAAUACCGUACAGCUCUAUAAUUUAAUUCUUAUUUAUAUUUAUUCUUCUGAUAUUUAUCCUUGUUGCUUCCGUCUGUAAAUAAAAGUAGUGAGAGGAAAUAAAUGCAUUAUUAUUGA